UUAAUGAAAAAUAAAAACACUGAAUACAUUGCAAUAUUAUUCAAAAUUCCAAAUUCUAAAUAAAGAUUUCGAAUAUGGCACCAAAACGGGGCAAACACAAGAAAUCAAAAGACAUCGAUUGGGCGGCAAAUGAGAAUUUUCUCAAGGAGCGUUCCAUGAUAUAUAUAGAACACACCACCGAGUGUCCCAUCUUCCAGACAAAAGCCGAGGAGUGUGGUACUUUUCUUCAAGAGCACAUUCCAGAGCGUCUGUUUCAAUUGGUCAGGAAUAAGAAUGGCAAACAAGUGCCACGUGAUGGAGCCUUUGAGAUUGGUUUCUCGCAGAAUGCUCGCACAUCGGUGCAUAAUUUGUGGUCUGGUUUGGAUAAAGGACCGCCCCGAAGAGAUAAGUUUCCAGCCACAUAUGAUAUGUUGCUGCCCGAUGUCCAACGAAUCCUUAAGAAAUUCUAUCCCGACAAGCCUGUGGGCAUGGAUGAAGAUGAUGAUGCCGAGAAUGAGAUAUAUGAUUGAAAUACAUGAAUUACACAAUUUCAGCCCAAAAACAAAUCCCGCAGCUAAUGCCACAUCCAUUGUCAUGGGGUAGAGAAUGACGACUGACGACUGACACCUGCUACUAUUAUCAGCCUAAACAAUUUGGGGCGAUUAGCACUAUAUUGGUCUUAUUGUUGUUGGCAACAUGUCUUGACAGCUCUUUUCAAAAAAUAAAUAA